AUGCUGCCCGCGGACUGCUCGCGCCGGCUGGUGGCUGAGCUGCGGGAUGCCCUGGACGCCUGCGCCGAGCGACAGCAGCAGCUGGAGCGGAGCCUGCGUGUCUCCCGCCGGCUGCUGCGGACCUGGGAACCAGUCGAGACGCCGGCUGCGGAGCCAGCCCCAGGGCCAGAAACUAAUGAAGAGGUCCCAUCUCCCGCAUGCACACCCAGCCGUCAAGAACUCAAGGAGCUGGAGCUUCUGACCCAGGCACUGGAGAAGGCUGUACGGGUGAGAAAAGGCAUGUCUAAGGCUAGAGAAAGACACGAGGCCCUCAGCCUCAAGUCUGGGGAUGCUGCCACUUCUGCCACCACAGCCUCUGCCCCGUCCCGGGCCUCAAGCCAGGUUUGGAGUCGAGCCUCAGAGACAAAACCACCCAGGGGCGCCCACCAGACCACGGUGCCUGCCAGAGGCCUCCCUGAGGGCAGGCUUCCAUCAGUGGGGGAUCGCACCCGUAUGGCGAGAGGAGCCCGAGCCACCAAGCCUGGACCAGGCCUGAGGGACCAACAGAUACCCCCAUCGGCUGCUCCUCAGGCCCCAGAAGCUUUCACACUGAAGGAGAAGGGCAUUCUGCUGAAGCUACCUAUGGCCUACAGGAAAGCGGCUUCCCAGAACUCCCGCCUGUGGGCCCAGUUCAGCUCUACACAGACCAGUGACUCCAGGGAUGCUGCUACCACGGCCAAAACCCAGUUUCUCCAGAAAAUGAAGAUGAUGUCAGGCUGGCCCGGCUCUGGGCUCAGUGCUGCGGAGGUGGAGGCGGAGGUGGGGCUCCUCCGGAAGGCCUGCUCGCUGCUGAGAUGGCAAAUGGAGGAAGAGCUCUCGGCAGACCCUGCUGACUGGAUGCAGGAGUACCACUGCCUGCUUACCCUGGAGGGGCUGCAGGCCAUCACGGGGCAGUGCCUCCACAGAGUGCAGGAGCUGCGUGCAGCGGUGGCGGGACAGCAGCUGAGGCCCUGGCCUGAGGGGAGAUGCCCCAGAGCCUCAAUGCCCUGUGAAGGAAGAACAGACUCUAGCUGGAGCCCCCAGCUUCUUCUCUACUCCAGCACCAAGGAGUUGCAGACUCUGGCGGCCCUCAGGCUGCGGGUGGCCAUGCUAGAGCAGCAGAUCCACCUGGAAAAGGUCCUGAUGGCUGAACUCUUCCCACUGGUGAGCACACGGGACCCGCAGGGGCCAUCCUGGCUGGUGCUUUGCCGAGCUGUGCAUAGCCUGCUCUGUGAGGGAGGGGAGCGCUUCCUCACCAUCCUUCAAGAUGAACCUGCCGACUGA